UCAUCGUCUCUUCAUUCUCUCGUUCUCGUAGUUAUAAAUACACAUUCUUCUUCACUCUGUUCAACUCAAAUUGUUAGGGUUUCGGUUUGUUUUUCACGAACACGAUCGAGAAUUUUCACUUCAGUGACUAAUUGCUUUGAAAUGAUAAGGGAUUUCAGUUUUGGCGGGAGAUUCGAGGUGCAGCGAGUGAAUGCAGUUUAAUCAAGAAAGCAAUAAUAAUAAGCGAACAAAUCAUGGAGUUUAAUCAAACAGAAACGCUGAACGAACCGAGCAUCGACACGGAUAAGCUCAGCUACGAGAUAUUCUCAAUUCUCGAGAGUAAGUUUUUAUUCGGUUACGACGAUCCUAAGCUCUGGAAACCUAAACAGGUUUCUCCAGAAGUUUCCGUCACCGUUACACCGACGCCGGUAACCGUAACGGAUGACACCGCCGUUCAAUCAAUGAAGAAUCAGAGAGGCAAAAUCUGUGUGUUAUCAAUCGACGGAGGAGGAAUGCGAAGCAUACUCGCCGGAAAAGCGUUAGCGUAUCUCGAAAAAGCGUUAAAGUCAAAAUCCGGCAAUCCAAACGCUACAAUCGCCGAUUAUUUCGACGUGGCAGCCGGCACCGGCGUCGGGGGCGUGUUCACGGCGAUGUUGUUCGGGACCGGUAGCGAUAACCGUCCGCUAUUCAAAGCGGAUGACACGUGGCAGUUUUUAGCAAAGCAAGGUAUGAAACUCUACCGUAAAAAAUCCGGUUCCGGUUUGGUUAAACGGAUCCUCGGAUCCAAUAAGUCCGAAACCGGAACUAGCGGUUUUGAAACGGCUAUGAAAGAUGCUUUCGUCGUCAACGGAACAAGUUUGACUUUGAGAAACACGUUGAAGCCGGUAUUAAUCCCGUGUUACGACCUCACCAGCUCGGCUCCGUUUUUAUUCUCUCGAGCCGAUGCUUUGGAGAGCAGCAGCUUUGACUUUCGGCUCUGGGAGGUAUGCCGUGCCACGUCCGCAACACCCGGUCUGUUCGAACCGGUUUCAAUGAAGUCGGUUGACGGAAAAACUCGGUGUGUGGCGGUUGACGGUGGUUUAGCGAUGAGUAACCCUACGGCAGCUGCAAUUACGCACGUGCUGCAUAACAAACAAGAGUUUCCGUUUGUUAGAGGAGUGGAGGAUAUUUUGGUAAUUUCACUUGGGACUGGUCAGGUUUUAGAAGGGAAUUAUGAUUAUAGCCGAGUGAGCCGGUGGACGGCUAAGGAGUGGGCUCGGCCCAUGGCUAGGAUUUCUGGUGAUAGCUCGGCUGACAUGGUGGACCAUGCUGUGGCUAUGGCGUUUGGUCAAGGACGGAGUAGUAAUUAUGUUCGUAUUCAGGCUAACGGAUCUAAUAUGGGUCGUUGCGGGGUCAACGUUGACUCUGACGGGAGCCCCGCAAACGUGAAGUUGCUCACGGGGAUAGCUGAUGAAAUGUUGAAACAGAAAAACGUAGAGUCGGUGCUUUUUGGUGGUAAGAGGAUUGCAGAGCAGACCAAUUUCGAGAAACUUGAUUGGUUUGCGGGAGAGCUUGUGUUGGAGCAUCAGAGGAGGAGUUGCAGGAUAGCUCCCACUGUUGCUUUUAAGCAACAAAACCCUAAACCCUAAAUCCUGAACUCGAAAUUCUCAAUUGUUUGUUGAUAAACCUUUUAAAGUACCAAUUUGCCUCUUCUAAAACAGUCAAACGUUUUUUCCUUACAGGUUAUCAGUUUGUUUGACUGUUAAAAACAUACUUAUGACUAUCUUAACUAGAAAAGUUUAUAUAUUUGUAGGAAUUUAGAAUCACACAUGCUACAUCAUCAAUGAUUUUUUUUUCUGUACAUGUCUGCAAUGGAGAUGUUACCACCCUCACCCCACCACACCCCUACCCCUACCCUAUCCCCUACCUCUACCCCCACCCCCAUCCCCUCCUACUUCAGAUAUUCCCAACCGACAUUCAUAUUACAAACAAUGACAUUUCUGAAAAGUUCCAGUGGGAAUAUGUGGUGAGAUUUUGGCUGGUGAUGCUCACUCCAGGGGCUUUUUUGUAAUUUUACUAAAGUAAGUUUGAAAAGUCGCCAUGAAUGGGUGGUCAAUCUUUGUGUGGGGAACGAAGACUUUUCUGUAAGCCGGGUUGAUAACAUCAAUUUCCUUUUUUGACCUUCAGUUUCUUAUUUUCCCUUUUGACUUCCGCCGACAAGUUCUUGGUUUAAUUGUUGAAUCAUUGGAGCAGGCGGAGGGUAUUUUGGUAAUUUUAAGUUUGUAAUGUGUAGUGUUUUUUUUUUUCUUUUGGUCAUGUGAGUUAUUUUUCGAAAAUACUCAGUAAAACGGUGUUACUAGAUUGUCUGUUAUGUAUUAUUUACGUGAAAACGAAUAUCAAGUACUAUAUGGUAUAUGAUA